AUGCCUUAUUUAAAACUUCCAACAUUUAAAUUAGGAAUAAAUCCUUCUGCAAGAAGUAAAUUUGAUCCAAAAAAUUUAACAGGUACAUAAAAAAUCUAAUUAGCUUCCUGUAGAAUUUUCGGUUCUACAAUAGGUGGAAAUUUAAGAAGUGGUGGUAAAGAAUUGAAAAAACGUGAUGUUUCACACAAAAUUUUAGAUGAAUUUAAUAUUAAAUCUUAUGAUAUUUUUGAAGGCUUCCCAUGGAUACAAAAUUAAGAAAGAAAAGAAUGGCUAAAAGAAUAAAUGGAAGAAAGAAAAAUGAGAAUUUUAAUGAGAGGUAUAAAAAUAGGAAAGAAAAAAGGUGGUGGAAAAGUUACUUUAAUGGAUGUUUUGGAAACUAAAAAAAAUGAUAGUUUUGAUUUUUGA